AAAAUACUACACAGCACGAAACAUAUCGUGAAAGGCUUCAAUUACAAACUUUUGAAACCUUGGUUAGGCGAAGGACUUCUUAUAAGCAAAGGAAUGAAGUGGCAAAACAGACGGAAGAUAUUAACGCCUGCAUUUCAUUUUUCUAUUCUAAAACAAUUCGUUGAGAUCUUGAUCGAGGAGGGCAAUCGCGCAGCGAAAUCAUUCAAGAAUACAGAGGAAUCGGUUAUCGAUGACUUGCUACAUUUCACCAGUCAUCAUACAUUAAACGCUAUAUGUGGUAUAUAUAUAUGAUUUAACUUAAUUUUUCUUUUUCA